AUGGCAAAGUCUCUUUCCAUGUUAAUGCUCGUAUUCACGGUACUAUUUAUCAUGGCUCACACAAUUUUUUCCCAAAAAUUUGAUCGAUAUUCUCUAGAUGUACCAGAAGAUGUGAGUAUAUCUCCUCCGCCAUGUUUUUAUAUCUACACUGAAACUCCUGAUAAAUCUCCAUUCGAAGCUGAUCCACCGACAAUGGAAUAUAACAUGAAGCUUGGGAGACAAUACACAGACAAACAGUUUAAUUUUCUUCAGAUUUGCCUUCAAAAGCUGAAUUCGGAUUGUGGAGAUAACAUUGUCCAGAACAUGUUGGAUAAAACUACGACACAAUUGACGAAUGAAUGCUGCCGUAAUCUAUUAAAGAUUGGCAAAAAAUGUCAUCUAGGAGUGGCUCAUAUCAUUUCUUCAAACACUGAGUAUAAUAAUAUUGUGUCGAAGGCUAUUCCAAAAAGCAAACAUACAUGGAAAGAUUGUGUCCGCAGAGUUGGGAGCCAUAUUGGUUCUCCAAUUUUUUUGGAAGAACUAAACUAA